CCUCCGCCAUCUCAACGACUGGAAAAGUCGAGGGCAUCUCGGCGGCCCUGACUGGUUGGCGGCCCUGGUUGCAACCUUGGGACUUGGGAACUUGGAGCGAGUCGCCGUUUUGUUCUCUUGUCUCCUCUAUCCCACCUGUAAUGUACGGAGUACAGUCUGCACUGUGCACUUGCGUAUGAUCAUAAUAAUAAUGUACUCCACCCGGCAGUGUGAUUGUUGGCUUCUUUUUUGCUUCAGGAAGUGCAACCUCAGACUCAGAGGAUCGGUGUAAUUGCCCCAUCCUCCCCUUCAGGAUGAUGAGUGUUUCCAGUUUCGUUUUGCCGACUCGAUCUCCACUCACUCACUGCGUCAAAUGCUACGAUCAGGAACGAAACAUCGUCUGCUGAGUGGCCACCCGCCAAUGUCUCUCUGUGCCUGAACAUCAGUGACAUGACACGGAAUCAAACCAGCGUACGGAGUAGCUUGUUUCGCAUUUCGGCGCUGUUCUUCUCUCGGCCAGUCCCCAGCGGAUGUUGAAACCAGCCCAAAAGUGUCCCUGGCCAAUCGCCGUUGGAGACCAGCAACCCUUUGUGCACACUACCCGCCUCUCUCCUGUUUCCUCGCCCUCACCCUUCACAAGCAAGGCAUGGCCCUUGGUCGAUUGGCCGGGAUGAGCAGCCCAUGGGACGGACGGGUUUUAGCUCCAACGCCCACGCCCCGUCAAGCAUGGUGCGGCUAAGCACCUUAUCGUUAGAUGGAGGUGGGGAAUAGACCAUGCGGUGUCUCGAGGAGUACGGAGUAGUACACAUAGUAGUAGUGGUGGCACCCAAGGAGUUUUAUAUAAACCUCCCCCUCUCUCCUCUCUCCGCCAAGGGGUUUUUUUUUUCUCUCUUUCUUCUGCUCAUCACGCUGGCCCGUUUCGACAAACUGCCGCAUCCCGUUCGCUCCCUUCCGCCCUUUUCUCUCCUUUUUUUCCCAUUCGGGGUUUAUUCGUGCUUUAUAUUCGUGUUGUUGCUUCGACCUGGGCUAGUUCCUUGUCCACCACACACUGUCUCUCCCUAUCUAUUCCCAGCACCCGCUGUACCACUUGGACUCUUCUCCAGAUCUUGCCUGUGGCAGUUUUGUUGAGAGCUUCGUAUCCACUCCUUCUGUAUAUUUGUAUACAGCGUCGGCGCCAGUAAAGAAUAUACAUACCAAGUAGCUGCUUCAGGAACAUUCUGCGAAUCGGAAAACGUCCUGCUACAAAGAGAUUCUCUCCUUUGCCUGCUUGACUACUGUCUACUGUUCCCUCCAGCCACUGUGGAUUAUCUACAGUCCCUAUCGAAAACAGUUCCAACCAUCCUUCUCUCGAAGUUUCUCGUCCGGAACGAGAUAUAAGAUAAGAUAUACGGAUCCCUCGAAAGCACUCGCACACUGCAUACAUUCCUUCAAGAAACCAAAAAGCACCAGACGGAUCACUUCUGCGAAGCUCUUCCGACAAAGCCCAAACGAAACAUUCAAGUUCGAACAGAAAUUAGAAACUACGUUCAAUCAUGCAUUUUUCCCAGACAUUUGUUGCUGCUGUGGCGGCUUUGCUUUCUGCCGGCGCCGUCGAUGCUCAUAUGAAGAUCAGGACACCCACUCCAUUCAACCCCAGAGCUCUGGACAAUGGUCCUCUCGACGCCAAUGGAGGCGAUUUCCCUUGCAAGUUCUCAGGUAGGUACACUCCUGGGCCGCGUGUGGUUCCCCCCGAGAACGUCUUCGCCAUUGGCGCGAAGCAGACAUUGAGCUUCAUUGGGAGCGCCGUACAUGGUGGUGGAUCGUGCCAGCUUUCUCUCACUCAGGACCUUAUCCCCAACAAGAACUCUGUCUGGAAGGUCAUCCACUCCAUCGAAGGUGGCUGCCCCUCCGCUGUGGAUGGCAAUCUUCCCUCAGACGCCAACGGAAGCGGCGCAAGCGUUUUCGACUUCCAAAUUCCUCCAAGCAUCGCCCCAGGUGAGUACACCUUCGCCUGGAGCUGGCUCAACCGCAUCGGCAACCGCGAGUUCUACAUGAACUGCGCUCCCAUCACCGUCACCAGAGGCGUCAAGCGUCGCUAUACUCCAACCCCUCGCUCUGAGUCCCCCAGCGUCGCUCUCACCAAACGACAGGAUCUGCCAAACAUGUUCGUCGCCAACACCGGCGCUUGCAGGACCAGGGAGGGCUGGGAUAUCCGCUACCCCAACCCCGGCCCGUCUCUCAGGCGCGCAGGCCUCCCUUCGAGACUACAUCCUCUGGAUGUUCCUAUCUGCAUCUUGGCAGACGGUACAAAGAUCAUGCCCGGCAACGGCAACCCAGGCAACCCAGGCAACCCAGGGCCCGGCCCCUCGCCCUCGCCUCCACCUUCGCCUUCCCCAACCCCCGAUGCCAGUCCGGUACCUACCCCACCAGUUCCGUCCCCACCAGUAUUCGUCACGAAACCAUCAGACCCUACUCCCACUCCUACCCCCAACCAGCCAACUCCCCCCGGUGGAAACAACGGCAGCGCUCAGUCCGGUCCUUGCCCCAACGAGGGUAAAUGGAACUGCAUUGGCGGCACCCAAUUCCAGCGCUGCGCGAGUGGCCAGUGGACUGUCCCCAUGCCUGUGGCCCCAGGAACUACAUGCUCAGUGGUCCAAGGCGGUUUGGAGGUCGCUGCUCUUGGCGUGAAGCGCAGUCAUGGUGCCGGACUCCAUCGACGAAGAGGACACUUUUAAGCGCGAUGUGUCUGAGUGGAAUAGGAAACGGGGAAGAACAGAAAACGGGAAAAGAGAGGAUAUAGUUGCAGCUCACUAGGCAGGCAGCUUACGAUAAGGGGAAAAAACAAGAGCUCGCGAUAUCAUCUUUCUCAUGUACUCCUAUUUGGGUUUUUUGUUUUACCAUGUGCUCUUUCCUAUCUACUAUUUUGACAAAAAGUCUGGAACAUGUCUGGGUCGGAUAUUGGACAUAAAUGAAUCUUACCCGCCACCCCUUUGAUACUUUUUGUCAUAUACUCUUCAUUAGCUGUUGGCAUGCAUGUCUCACUGGUUCCUAGGAUGCUGAGGGAUUGGUUGAGAGUUUUCUAUUUUCUCUUCUUCUAUAUAUUAUUUUAACAGAUCUGGGAUUGCUCAUUUUGUCGAAUACGAGACUUCAGUCCUUUUCUUCUUGUCUUUGCUUUGUACAUUUUUUUCCUUUUUUCUUUUUUUCUUUUUUUUUUCUUCGAACAAUUGUCUUUUACAUAUUCUGUUUUUCCACAAAUUCACAUGUGACCAUUAUCAUUUUCUCUUCUUUCUUUUUUCCUAAGAGGAGACCCCAUUUUCCCUAGGGUUGUUGUCCAAGCUGAACAUAGGUAUAAAAAACCUCCGUACAUAUGAAGUCUUUGGUGAUACGAUGCCAAUGAGAGCACUUGGAGUAAGAAACAACGUAUAUCAAUGGAGACAGAAAAGAAACAAACCACAUCGUUCAGUGCA